GGAAUGAUCAGAGGAAAGAGGGAGAUGAGGAACCGAAUCAUCUAUUGCUAGAUGUAGUCAAGAAUGAAGACUUGAGAGGAAACUUCAGGAAUCAAGGCAGAUGUAAGAGGCAGAAAAGAAGCCACAUGCUUGAGAAGAGGGAUAAAAGCAUUCCUUGCAGAAGGGGAGACUUCCGUGAAGUAAUUCACAUGGUGGAGGAAACAUACAAGUGCUUGGAGUGUGGAAUGAACUUCCCAGAUCAAACCCAAUAUAAUAUCCAUUUACGAAUGCACGGCGGAAAGGAGACUCCUCAAUGUCUGCAGUGUGGAAAGAGCUUCCUUUGUAGAGCAGAACUAAUUAGACAUCUAAGAACACAUACCGGAGAAAAACCUUUUAGCAAUUCACACUGUGGCGAGAGCUUCUCAAAGAAAUCAGACUUUGUUCAUUCAGCAGAGAAACCAUUUAUCUCCUCAGAGGGUGGAAUGACAUUCUCUGAUGGAAGAAAGGGUAAUAUACAUUUUCCAAAGAACAGCAUAAUGAAGGCAUAUAAGUGCUUUCAGUGUGGAAAAAUCCAUAGAGGGGAGCAAUCUUCUGAAUACUCCAAGAGUGCAAAGAGGUUGAGUCAGCGUGGCACUCUUCAACAGCAUCAAAGAAUCCACACAGGGGAGAAAGGGGAGAAACCUUUUGAAUGCUUAGAGUGUGGAAAGAGAUUCAGUUACAGUAGCAACCUUCAGCGGCAUCAGAAAAUCCACACAGGGGAAAAGCCCUUUGAAUGCACAGAGUGUGGAAAGAAAUACUAUAGAAGUAGCCAUCUUCAACGGCACCAAAGAAUCCACACAGGAGAAAAACCUUUUGAAUGCUCUGAGUGUGGAAAGAAAUUCAGUCGGAGUGGCCAUCUUCAGCGGCAUCAAAGAACUCACACAGGUGAGAAACCUUUUGAUUGCUCUGAGUGUGGAAAGAAAUUCAGUCGGAGUGGCCAUCUUCAGCGGCAUCAAAGAACUCACACAGGUGAGAAACCUUUUGAUUGCUCUGAGUGUGGAAAGAGGUUCAGACAGAGUAGCCAUCUUCUUGAACAUUUUAGAACCCACACAGGGGAGAAAUCUUUUGAAUGUUCACAGUGUGGAAAGAGCUUCACCUGGAGAGACCAAUGUCAACAGCAUCAGAGAACCCACACAGGAGUGAAACCUUUUGAAUGCUCAGAGUGUGAAAAGAAAUUUGGUCGGAGUGACCAUCUCCAACAGCAUCAAAUAACCCACACAGGGGAGAAACCUUUCAAAUGCUCAGAGUGUGGAAAGGGAUUUUGUAGGAAGGGCAAUCUUCAAAUGCACCUAAGGACUCACACAGGGGAGAAACCUUUUGAAUGCUCAGCAUGUGGAAAGAGACUUAGUGGGAAGGGCAGUCUUCAGAUGCACCUAAGAAGUCACAUGGGGGAGAAACCAUUUGAAUGCUCAGAGUGUGGAAAGAGAUUCAGUCACAGUGGUACUCUUCACCAGCAUGUAAGAAUCCAUAAAGGGGAGGAAGUUUUUGAAUGCUCAGAGUGUGGAAAGAGGUUUUGUGGGAAGGGCAGUCUUCAAAUGCACCUCAGAACUCACACAGGGGAGAAACCUUUUGAAUGUGCAGAGUGUGGAAAGAGAUUUGGUCACAGUGGCACUCUUCAUCAGCAUGUAAGAAUCCACACAGGCGAAAAAGUUUUUGAAUGCUCAGAGUGUGGAAAGAGCUUCACCUGGAGACACCAACUUCAACAGCAUGAAAUAACCCACACAGGCAAGAAACCUUUUGAAUGCUCAGUGUGUAGAAAGAGAUUCAGUCACGGUGGCACUUUUCAGCGACAUCAAAGAACCCACACGGGGGAGAAACCUUUUGAAUGCUCAGAGUGUGGAAAGAGGUUCA